UACUCUGCGAGUAGUCUCCCAUUACCGGAAACUUGUUCAAGAUGUUUUAUUGAAAAUCUAACAACACAAUGACUCAAAUGUCUCAAAUUACUGAGGAUAAUAAGACCCUAUGGGUCGGAAAUCUACAUGAAAAUGUUACAGAGGAAUUGCUUUACGAACUCUUUUUGCAGACAGGGCCAAUAGAGCGACUUAUACUACCUAUUGAAGGGGAAGGCGAGGAAAAGAAACACAAAGGACAGGCCUAUGUUGUUUUUCAACAUCCAGAAUCAGUUCAGUAUGCAUCUCAGGUUCUUGAAGGAUCAUCACUUUUUGCUCAUCCACUUGCAUUAAAAGCUAGAGCACUUCCUGUCACAUAUAAAAAGCCACUCAAUGGCCAAGGCAGAGGACGAUUCGAUAAUAACUCAUUGCGAGGAGGAAUGAACAAGUCCACGACAUGGCAUGGUGGAAGUGAUAUGACACCUCGUGGACGUGGGAGCUACAGAGGCCGUGGGGGCACAACAAACUAUACCCAAAAUACUGGGUACACCUACAGUACAUAUGCUACUGCUACUAAUCAGUUGGCUACCACAGCUUAUUGGAUGGCUGGUCAGCAGGUGGCUACAGAUGCAACUCAGGUUGCAGCAGUGUAUGCAGCCCCCACAACCGCCACUGUCGUAGAUGACAAGAAGACCAAGAUUUACCCACAGCAGAACGUCAUGAUGUAUGGCAUGGCCCAGACACAAGCUCAGCAGCAAGGAAUGUGGGUCAGCAAUAGCUAUGCCAACCCGGCCGGAACUUGGGUCAUGGGUAACAGUGGAGACACCUCAUUGUAUCAGGGCUACACAGAUCAGUACGGCAACUGGUACCAGCAACAAUAACAUUCUGUAUUUGUUUUCAUAAAUAUUUACCUGUUGUACCAUAUCUUGUUCUGUUCAGUGCUGAAAUGACAUGUAAAUAGUUUUUUUCUAUGCUAGAACUGGUUGACACCUUUCUACCUAAAAAUGUCACUAUUUCAGUAAGCAUUUUUUGUUAUCACACAAGUAGCUGUAUUGCUAGGUAAUAAACCUGAAGAGAAAGAUAUUUAACUUUGGAAUAGCCCAAAUUCAAUACUUUCCUUUUUUUUUUAGCCCAUGAUGAUGAUGGCUCUAAGAACAACUAUAGGAUGUUGUGUUUUCUUAAAGCUCAUCUUCAGUUGUUUUAGAAGUAGUGAAAACUAAGUCAGAAUGAAUCGAAAGUAGUGCAGUUUUUUGCAGUACGGUUAAUCUUGUAAAAAACAAACAAACAACAAACCAACAACCCAGAUUCUGUUCCUUUAAAAUUUAUACAAGCACAAUUUAAGGAAAUUUAAAAAAUGUAUAAAUGAGUUAUUCUACAGUUCCAUUGUUUUAUUCAUUUCUGGGUACAAUAUCCAUUGUUUAUAGAUUUGAAAAUGUGAUUAAAUGAAGUAUUUUGUUUUUGUGUUCAACUGAAUUUUUAAAGUAAUUUCUAUAAAAAAAAAUACUACUCAGUCUGUCAUAGUCCAGUUUUAAAAUAUUGUAGUGAUACCAUGUGUGUACCUCUAGUGACCAACAUUUCUCUUUUUACCCUUUUAUUGGUGGGUUGUGCAACAGUGGUUUGUGAAAAUAUAUUUUAAGUUGUCUCCCCUUUCAGUUACUCCAACUCCAGAACGGGUACAAGUUCAACCAAUCCAAUGGCCCUCAUUCAUCAAUCGUAAACAAACAACAUUUAGUCACGUGAUCUUAUUGAUAAAACAACAAAAAGAAACUGUCACAUGACAACCAUCAUGAAUUAAACAUGAGAUCGUAAAUUAUACAGAAGAGAUAGAGCACCACGUGCUAAAUGUUGUUUGUUUACGAUUGGUGAAUGAGGUCCAUUAGCAGGGCCGGUCCUAGGGCAAUGCGAACCUAUGCGGCAGCAAUGGGCCCCACCCUAACUCUGAUUGUAAAUUAUUAAAUUAAACCAUUUUAUCUUAUAACAGGGUUUCCGAGGUCUCCUGAUUUUCCAGGAGCUCCUGGACAUCUCCUGAAAUUGCAAAGUAUAAGAAAAAAAGUCAUGAAAAUAUCCUUAAAACUCAAAACAUGUUCUGAAAAAUAGACAAAAUCCUACUUGCGAUUAAAAAAAACAACUGCUUUGUCAGCUUUCAUUUAAUAAAAAUAAUAGGGCGAAUUUUAACCAAAACGGUGAAUUCCAAUAUAUUAAAUUACUGUAAUAGUCAAUGGCAUUUAAAUAUAGAUAUAAAUCUAUCUCGAUUUCUUAAAACAAAAUCAAAAGCGUUAUUUUGCUAGUCGAUAUUAAAUCUAAAAGGCAGAUCUAAAUGUUUAUCAGCUUUAUGUUGGAAAUCGUAAAGUUAAUUUGACCUUGAUUUUGCACUUAGUAAAGUACAAAUAAUAUGCAAAGGCAAAUUUAUUUUCUAACAAAAAAUCUUAAUUUUCACUUAUUAUCGUCAUCACUAUACCCAGACUAGGCGCCGCUCAAUCCAUUUGCAUAGGGCUCUGCAAUCUGUAGGACCGGUCCUGCCAAUUAGGAUAGAAUUAUUCAUUACUGGUCACAAUAUUCACUGAAUACAAGUCUUUACUAAAGAAACCAUUUGUAUCUAGUUUUUAUAUCUGGUCAUUUAGCACUGGGAAUGAGAUUGUUCAUUGUAUCAUGCAAUGUACAUAAACUGACAUCUCUGAAGCAUUUAGACUUACUGCUUACUUUUAAAUCCAAGCAUUUUCUCUAUUCUCUUAUACUAAGAAUAAUGGUUUCAUAUUUUUGAAAGUGAAGUCUAAAUAGAACAAAAUUGUAGUUUUAUUUUUUGUUAUAUACUAAGAAUAAUGAUUUCAUAUUUUUGAAAGUGAAGUCUAAAUAGAACAAAAUUGUAGCUUAAUUUUUUGUUAUGUUAACAGAGUUCAAAUGUAACUAAGAAAUUAAAUAUGAAAAACACAUUUUGAUACUCUUUUUUUUUUUACAUAGACUUUGAAAAUAUGCAAAUAGUUUCACUCGUACUAGUUUCAGGUUUCUGAUGUCAGUUGCUAAUGUAAAGGUGUAUUUGUGUUGCCUAGUUACUAACAUUGAAUGUGAUCAUGAGAUGAUUUUGUUUGUUCUCACUCAUGUAUUUUGUGAAACUUUCCAUACUUUCACUUCAUUUCUCUGUGUGUGUGUUUUACCAAAUGUCAACCUGGUAUUGUUACCAUGUCAUUUUGCUGACAUCCAUCAGAACGGUCAUUUUGUUUGAAUCAGUUGUAUGAUUUGUUUGUCUAAGUGAGAUCAAGGCAUUCUGACUGGGUCAAUGUUUCUCAUAUUUUCACUAUGAUUUCAUCAUGUUGCAUCCAGUCACCAAAAAAAAAAAAACAACUAAACUUAAAAACUAA